AUGGACAAAGGUUAUGGCGAUGAAAGUCACAAGACAUUCCGUUUCGUCCCUUACGUGCCAUCUUUUAGGCUUUUGGCCACUGAAUUUUUGGAUUUGGUAGCAAUAGAUGUAGAGUCUGUGGUGACCAACUUGAUCACUUGGGAUCUUGACAAUGAAACUCAACAAGAGAGUAAUGUUCACAUGCGGAGAAAAAGAAAAGUCGAACACUCUGAAUGCUUGCCAAGUUUGUUCUCUUUUGGCAUGGGAGGGGUUGGAAAGACAAUAGGCUUGGCUUCAGUACUCCGCUGUCGAUUGCUGGAGAGUUCUUUUUCAGUGGUGGGUGAUGAGCAGAAUUUGCAUCUUGUAGAGGAAAUGCAAGCCACUUGUUUUGAUAACCAAGACGAGGAGUAA